AUAAUUCAUCGGUGCACCACUCUCGUUGAUUUCUUUCUAACCAAACACACCCUAACACCUCACUUCAUCAACGUCCAGCCAACAAAACAAGCCACUCACACAAUUUUUCAUUUCCAGAUUUCUGAAUUUCCGACAGUUGACUUCAAUUUUAGGAGGCGAAGGUGCCAAAUCCAGAGUUGUUUCAAAUGUGGAGCCUUGGAUUCAUUGCUUUGAUUAGGGUUUCUAUUUUGUUGGCUUUUGCGUCUCUCAUUUCUUCUCUCGAGCCCCAACUCGGAUCAACCCGCGUCGUCUUUCAGACAAAUUAUGGAGACAUUGAAUUUGGUUUCUAUCCAACUGUUGCACCCAAAACUGUUGACCAUAUUUUCAAGCUUGUGAGACUUGGAGGCUAUAACACCAAUCACUUCUUUCGGGUGGAUAAGGGAUUUGUAGCCCAAGUAGCUGAUGUUGCAAAUGGAAGAUCUGCUCCCAUGAAUGAGGAACAAAGACGUGUAGCUGAAAAGACUGUUGUUGGUGAAUUUAGUGAUGUCAAACAUGUUCGCGGCAUUCUUUCAAUGGGAAGGCACGACGAUCCAGAUAGUGGUGGAUCCUCUUUUUCAAUGUUACUUGGAAAUGCUCCUCAUCUUGAUGGGAAGUAUGCAAUAUUUGGAAAAGUUACAAAAGGCGAUGAUACAUUGGCAAAGUUUGAGCAACUACCUACGCGUACAGAGGGAAUGUUUGUAAUGCCAACGGAGCGGAUUACCAUCCUCUCAUCAUAUUACUAUGAUACAGAGACAGAAAAUUGUGAGCAAGACAGAUCAAUUUUGAAGCUCAGGUUAGCUGCAUCGGCCGUUGAAGUUGAAAGACAGAGAAUGAAAUGCUUCCCCUAAUAGAAGCUUGUUGGGAAUGAAGUUGGAAUGAAUGCUAUAUUGCUUGUUUUAUUCACUUUUUAUAUAAUGUUUGAACAUGAUAUCUGGAUACUGGUGUUUGUUUAGUAUGGGAAAUGAGAUAAAUUAUUCUAAGAUUUCAAAUAGAAGCUCAAUGUAAAAAGCUAAAAGUUGUUGAAAAUUGAAAUGCAAAACUGAGACAUAGUAAGAUCUUUGCUAUGUUA